ACUAAAUUUUCAACAUAAUUCCUGUAGUUUGGAGAGCUGCUGUCCUUUGGGGGUUUUGCUGGGGAGAAGAAAUGCCUUUUGCAGGCUGUGUCCUGAGUGCCCUUAACGCCGGGUACCGCGGCAGGGCGGGGGCUGCCGGUGGGGACUGAGGAAUGAAUGCUCGUACUGGGAAGCAAACCCAUCCUUGUGGAAUUGCUGUAGUGGAGUAUCGUGACAGACUAUGAUAGGCCUAGGACUACGACACUCUUAAGCUGUGCCAUGGGACGUUUAGGCUGAAUACUAGGAAGAAUAUCUUCACAGAAAGGGUGAUUAGAUAUUGGAAAGGCUGCCCGGGAAGUGGUGGAGUCACCAUCCCUGAAGGUGUUUAAAGGAAAGACCGGACGUGGCACGCAGUGCUGUGGUCUAGUUGACACGGUGGUGUUUGGUCAUAGGCUGGGCUCUGAUCUGUGGUGGUACCACCCGUGGGAGCCUUUUCCUUGGGCUCUCGAAAGCAGCGGGCAGAUGAACGGCAGAAGUACGGCGAGGCGGCAGACAAGACCUUUAUAUCCCAAGGCGGGCCUCCGCCUCAGCCUGCCGCCGGCUGGGGAGGAGCGAGGGAAGGGCGGCUUGGGCCGCACAUCCCGCGGGAUCGGGAUCGGGACGGAGCCGCAGGCGGCUCCCGCCGGGCGCCGCUUCCGCCACGUGUCCCGCCGGGCCCGCUGGUUGCCGCGGCGACGGGAACCUCUCCCGCCCCUUCCGGCCUCGCAUGGCGCCGUCUCUUCCGCUGCGGGGAGUAAUAUGGGGACAAUACACCUGUUCCGCAAAUCACAGAGAUCAUUGGUUGGAAAGUUAACACAUGAAUUUAGGUUGGUUGCAGCAGACAGAAGGUCCUGGAAGAUUUUACUGUUUGGUGCUAUAAAUUUAAUAUGUAUUGGCUUCCUGCUCAUGUGGUGCAGCUCUACAAACAGCAUAGCUUUAACUGCUUACACAUAUUUGACAAUCUUUGACCUUUUCAGUUUGGUAACAUGUCUAAUAAGCUACUGGGUAAUGAUGAAGAAACCCAGCCCAGUCUAUUCAUUUGGGUUUGAAAGGUUUGAAGUUCUAGCUGUAUUUGCAUCUACAGUUCUGGCACAGCUUGGUGCUCUUUUUAUACUGAAAGAAAGUGCGGAGCGGUUUCUGGAACAGCCUGAGAUACACACGGGACGACUGCUGGUUGGUACUUUUGUGGCUCUCUUUUUCAACUUAUUUACAAUGCUUUCCAUUAAGAAUAAGCCUUUUGCUUAUGUCUCUGAAGCUGCCAGCACAAGUUGGCUUCAGGAACAUGUUGCAGAUCUUAGUAGAAGUAUUUGUGGAAUCAUCCCAGGAUUGAGUAGCAUCUUUCUGCCACGGAUGAACCCUUUUGUCUUGAUUGAUAUUGCUGGAGCUCUGGCUCUUUGCAUUACAUAUAUGCUCAUUGAAAUCAACAAUUAUUUUGCUGUGGACACAGCCUCUGCUAUAGCAAUUGCUUUGAUGACAUUUGGUACCAUGUAUCCCAUGAGUGUCUACAGCGGGAAAGUACUACUUCAGACAACCCCACCUCAUGUGAUUGGCCAGUUAGAUAAACUUCUUAGAGAGGUUUCAACUUUGGAUGGUGUGUUGGAAGUUCGAAAUGAGCAUUUCUGGACAUUAGGUUUUGGCACUUUGGCUGGAUCAGUCCAUGUCCGAAUUCGGAGAGAUGCAAAUGAGCAAAUGGUACUUGCCCAUGUCACUAACAGAUUAUACACAUUGGUCUCUACCUUGACUGUUCAGAUUUUCAAAGAUGACUGGAUCAGACCUACCUUAUCAUCUGUGCCUAUUGCAAACAAUAUUCUGAACCUUUCGGAUCAUCACAUUAUUCCAAUGCCAUCUUUGAAAGCUGCUGACAAUUUGAACCCUGUUACCUCCACUCCAGCUAAGCCCAGCAGCCCACCACCAGAAUUCUCUUUUAACACACCAGGCAAAAAUGUGAGUCCAGUCAUCCUUUUAAACACUCAGACAAAGCCCUAUGGAUUGGGGUUUAAUCAUGGAUCUGCACCCUACAGCAGUGUACUCAAUCAAGGACUUGGAAUACCAGGAGUGGGAGCAGCUCAAGGAUUCAGAACUGGUUUUGCAAAUGUCCCAGGCAGAUAUGGAACAAACGCUCGUGGUCAGCCCCGACCGUAAUAAACACCAUUAUUUAUUAU